AUGGUCUCUAUUCUGCCAUUCAUUGGUUGGGCGGUUCUUCCCAAUUAUGCCACAAGCUUCCUCCACAAUGUCUACUAUGGGAUCACUAUUCGUGCGGGUGACCCUCGUCCUAUGCCCCAGACACCCCGCUUCGAGCGCGAUCGCCGUCGCAUCUUUAUCUUCGUGAUCAUCAGCUACCUUCUCUAUACGCUCUACGAGACCUUCCACCAAGUACAAGUCGCGGGCGACUACUACAAAGUGCUAGGCGUAUCACCCUUUGCCGACGAGCGCACGAUCAAAUCCCGAUUCCGCAAGGUCGCAGGCCAGUUCCAUCCAGACAAGGUCGGACUCGACAAUGGAGCCGAAGCUCAGUUCAUCUUCCUGAGACGGGCUCAGGAGACACUGGCUGAUCCGGUGAAACGGUUCGCGUAUGACCGUUUCGGGCCUGAUAUGCUGGAAUGGGGAGAGCAGAAGACCAUGCGCGACUUUCUAAAUGCCUCGCUGUCCCGCGCAGUCAUCCCGCAGUAUAUCGGAGGUUUCGCGACGAUGAUCGUGCUGAACUGGUUAUGGUGGGCGAAUUGGGGACGCUACUGGCGCUUCUUCACCUUUGCCGCCCUGCUCACCCUCGAACUUGCCCUAAUCACCCACCCGCAAGCCGUCUUCAUGCCAACAUCCUACCUCCCAUCUUCCCUCCGCACCGUGAUCCGCACUUGGAUCCCCGAAGAACAAUCUUUCUACCUUCUCCCCUUUCAAAUACUCACUCUCGCCCGUCGCGCUUCCAUAACCCUCCACAUCUUUAUCUCGCAAAUGGCCCCACGUGGUUCCAACGCCAGCGCCAACAACGGCGAGAAGGUCUCCCCGCAAACGAUGCAGCGCUUGGGCCAGCUCGUGCAGACAGCGCGGGGAACGGACUUUGAGGCCACUCGGUUGAUGCAGCUGGGGCUUGCGCCGUUCCGGGGGGAUCGUGAGAGUGUUUCUGCGCUGCGACGGGGGAUGAAGGAGGGGCUGAUUCUUGGGGGAGUACGGUCUAGUCCGGAGGUGCAACGGGCCGUUGCGGAGGUUAUGGAGAGGAGGAAGGCUGGGAAGGAGGAUAAGGUUGAUUAA